AUGAUCGAGUCGUUCACCCUUCCCAGCGGGCGAGAGAUGGCCUAUACCUUGUCACCUAGGGCCUCCUCAGAUCGCAUCCUCCUCCUUUCUAAUUCUCUAGCGGAGGACUUGACUUCCUGGGAUCGCGUCGUGCCUGUACUGGAAGACCAAGGCUUCAGGGUCCUUCGCUACGACCAACCGGGCCAUGGCCGCUCCAGCGCACCAUCUGAAUCUGAGCUGUCCUUUAUGUCUUUCGAGGUCCUGGCAGACGAUGUAUAUUACCUUUUGAAACACUUGGGAAUCAGCAGACUGCAUGCUUGGAUAGGGGUAUCGAUGGGAGGGAUCAAAGCCGUGUACUUCGUUGCGCGUCAUCCGGGCAUGGUGAACAAGAUCAUUGUAGCCGACGCCAUCGCCGCUUCACCAACCGUGGCCAGCAUCCCGGAUAACUUCGCCGCGAGGAUAAGCGCCGUCAAGGAAGGGGGAUCAAUCUCAGAGGACCUUUUCAAUACGAGGAAGCGGUGGUUCGGCGAAGAGUGGAUGGCGGAGCAUCCCGAAGAGACGGCGAGAAUGGAAAAGUCUAUGGCGACGACUACAAUUCAGGGGCUCGAGGCCUGCUGCGCCGCUCUUAGAAGCCCGUCCUUCGAUCUCCGGCCGCUGUAUCACAAGGUGGGACAUGGCUGUGACGAGGCUCUCGUUAUUGCCGGGGAGAAGGAUGCGGACCUGCCGUCCAAGAUGCAGGAGAUGCGGAAGGCCAUGGAAGAGAGCUUAUGGAGCUGUGGGAAGAAGGCAUCCGUGAGGAUGGAGAUUGUAAAGUCUGCCGGGCAUGUACCCUACAUUGACGGUUUUGAGGACUUCUGUGUGAUUAUCACCAAGUUCCUUUCUUAG